UAUUGAAAGUGCUGCGCUCUUCGUAGCGAAAGCUUAUGAACAUAUGUUUUGAUGAAAGAUUGAAAUAAAAGAAGUUAGCUUUCUUUUACUAAAGGGAACUGGCAUGCUUAUGAGACUGGCUCUAACAAAAAAAAUCUAGUCACUGGAAGAAAAGGAGAAAGGAUUCACAUCAGCAGGUACUGAGGGUGGCUGGUGCAAAAAACCUGAAAGGGACCAUGAUGUCUUCACCAAAUGAUGCCAAUAUGGAAGAAAUACCUUUGGAAGAUGAUGAGCGAGACAGCAUAGAAUACAAGAUCCUAAUGGCCUAUGCCCAGCGGCGGUUGUCUGUCAGUGAAUAUGGGAAACUUAUGAAAAAGGAAGCUAAUGUGCAGAAACCCUCAUCCUUAAAUGGGAGAGCAGUGAAGUUUGAAUAUCAAAGCCCAAAUGAAGCUGGGCCAAGCCAAACAGAGGUUUCGCAGGGCGCCAUGUUGGAAUGCCUAAGCCAAAUGCAAACAAGACGAAAAUAUCUCUCAAAAUAUUGUCUACCCUCUUCCUUCAGUAGAGAAAAACAUGAAAAAAUCCCAAAGCCUUCAUUUCUUCAGAAGCCAUUUUUGGCCCAAAGUUCCACAAGGCAUUUCUAUCUUCCUGUGGUACAGUAUCAAGGCCCUUCAAAAGUGAAACAUGAGACGGCAAAUGUCGACCACAUUGCAGACAGGCUGGCUAAGCUUGUUACUUCCAGACCUCAGCCAUCCCCUUCUGAUGUGUCAUUCAAGAUGCUGCCAUGUGGCCCGGAUCUGAAACUACAGGGCAGAGGUGCUACUGGUGGAAGUGAGAGUGAAGAAAAUGAUGAAGAAAAGAUAAUACAAACAAUAGUUGCACUGUUAAGACAAUCAGGGGACCAACUGGAAGAAAAGAUCAAAAAGGACAAGACGUUCUAUCAGCAUUUUAUAGACAUGCUGUCCUACACCUUCUUCAAGAGGGUCACUGACCUAAUCCUGGAGGAUGUCUCAGCAGACUCAACAAGCAAGACAGAAGGCCAAAUACAAUGCACCAAAGUCGCCUUUACAUUGGAAGUUGCCACCAGACUUACUGCUGUGGACAACCAUCCCAUGAACAUGGUCCUGGGCUUUGGAAUAAAAUACCUCAGAGAACACUUCACACCUUGGAUUCAGAACCAGGGUGGCUGGGAGAAGGCUUUGACUUUACUGGAUCAGGAAGAAAUUGAAUAAUCAUGACUGCAUUGAUUCUUCAGGUUACAUAAAGCCUUCAGGGAAGGAAUAUGCUGGAUCUUACCACAACCCAGUGCCAGAAUGAUUACUUGCUAUUUAUUUUUAUUUCCAAGGAAGGUUGCAAUGUUGCUUGGCCAACUCUGAUGGAAACUAUUUCAUAUCCUUGAAAUUGGUAUUGAUGUAGAAGUGUAGACAAAGGCACUUUCAACUCCUCAUGGAGCAUUCAGCCCCAUGGAUAGUGACUUCAGGUCACUACCUUUCUGAGUACAGAUGCUUCCCACUACUCUUAUGGAUGGCUGGGCAAAUGGGAGGAAAAUAUCAAAGUGUGCAGUUAAGAAUCAUUGGACUGUGAUCAACCAACAAGCAACUACGAUGGGUGCUGCCAGCUUUGUGUGGUUCAUAGUGGUGUCAUCUGCUAUCAGUCCCACUGUCCCUUAAUAGGAGGUGCACCUACACACAGUACACCUAUCAGUUUUCUCUCUCUUUCUCUCUUUCUCUGUUUAGAUUUUCCAAAGGACUGAUGCCAUUUUAUUUUUCUGGAAGGGACCGUGUAAGGAGGAUAAGGGCUAUUACUUCAAUGCCUUCUCUGUUCUCCCAAGAAAAUAGACUUGAUCCAUGUAUAGAUACUCCCCUUCAAACCAUAGUGCAAUAGGUGUUGGCUUCUACAGCACUGUUUUGUCCAUUAAUCUGGAAGAUAUGAGCGCUGUGCAAGCUUUGUAGUCCAAGAAAUUUAGAAUUUAUCUUUCUGUGUUAGUUUUCGUCCAUAUUCAAAAGAAACUCCAUGCUAUGUGUAAUCUCAGGGAUUUCUCAGAAAACAGAGCUGCACCUUCAACUACUGAAAACAAAUGAUCUGGUUAGAGUUCUUGAAUCUGAACAUGGGGCAGAGGAAGGAAUAACAGUGCAUCAUUUAGAGUAGCAAUGUAUGCCAGUGAAACUAUUCACUAUUUUGAGGCUGUUUUGUGCAGUGCGUUUUGCUACAGGGGCAUUUGUGGCCCAUUUGCCUGGUGACUACUGGAUUUCCAACUUCUAGGAAUCCCCAACGGAGAGAGAAAGAACUUGGAACGUCUGCUGAAGCUGUAAAAUCAUAAUGUUGCUUCUUAAUACAUGAUUUUCCAGUGCAAACUUAAUGUUUCCUGAAAAUACUCUCUACCUCUUAGUAAGAUGUCCUUCCAUUGCAGGUACUUGUUCUAUGUGUACAAGUACGUUAACUGCAAAGACUGCAUGAAAACUUAUUCACAAAUCAUGAAUUUGAAUGAAAGUGAUAAAAAGCAUUUGAACUGGAUAUGCAAAAUAUGCAAUGCCAUAAAAGAUGAGCAUUUUUAAUAAACCUUAAACUUUCAACUCA